UUAAAAACUACAUUUCCCAGUGUCCCAUUGGUUUUGUGGUGUUAUUGGCGGGUUUAGUUAAAAAAAAUACUGUAUAUAUAUAUAUGUAUAUGGCUGAAACUUCAACUGCAGGGCAAGAUUCAAGAGAGCAAAACAAAAUGACAGACCAGGACCUCGGCGUGACACUGAAAGACAGCUGUCAAGAUUUUCAGGAUGAAGUCAUACCUCCGAAGGUUUCCACAGAACAGAAGUCUAUGGCAGAGUGUGAGCCAGGGGCUAUGGAAGGCACUGAGCCUGAACCAGAGGAGGAGGAGAAGGAGGAGGAGAAGGGGGGAGAGCAGGCAAUGCAGACGAGGCGCGUCUCCAGAAACAAAGGGCCCAUCUCCCUGAGCCCUGCCCCAACGAAGCGUCGCUCCUCUGCGAGCCCCAGCCCCGGGGGGAUACGCCGCAAGACCCCCCGCACCUCCCCCUCCCCCAAGUGCCUGUCCAGGAAAGCCAGCCCCCGAGGAGCCAGUCCCUGGGGGAAAAGCCCCAACCAGGGGCGGGCUGGCUGGAAGAGUCCCAAGCAGAGGACAGGGCUGAGCCCUCGCAGCAGGAGAAAGUCCUGGAGGAGAUCCAUCAGCAAGGCAGGGGCCAGGGGGAGGAGGUCACUCCCAGCACUGCCCAAGGACUCUGCAGGGCUCAGUCAGGCUAUCAGCAUAGAAAUGCCCGAGCAUAAGAGGCUGGCCAAACUGUUUCAGGAGUCUGUCCAGUUUGCAAUACAGAAGCUUGAAACUUCUUUAAAACCCACAGAAGAGGUUGAUCUGCAGGAGUUUAAAGCUGACAUCACAAAUGAGGUGAACCUGCUUACUGAGAGCUUGGAGCGCGAAGGAGCCUUUCAGAAAUGCACCGACAAACCCCAAGAUGUUCCUCCAAACCCAGAGAUGAAGAAAGCCAUGGACGAGGUGAGAGAGUCUGUGGAGAGGCUCACUGGGGAGUGCAAAGCCUGGGAUGAUCUUCUUCACAAACACAAAAGUGGGGCUGAGAAUAUUCUCCGCUCCCUGGAGCAGGCGAAGGUGUCUGGUGUACCCCUGCCCCCGGAGCAGGAUCUGGGCUUACUGGACCCGUCUGUGGCUGCCGUGCUGCGCAGCAAACCGGACUAUCAACGCAUCCUGCGUGGCCAGAUACCCGUCGUCAGCAGACUGGAUCUGGUGAUGGAUUCUCACCAGAAGCUGCUUCGCUCGCUGAGAUCUUUUCAGGACGAGGCUGAGAGGACCCUAAAAGAAACAUCCUCAAGACUCGCUGCCAGUGCUUUCGAAGGCCUGGAGGGAUCUCCGGUCAAGAAGCUUCUCCAUCUCCCCAAGAGCUGCUAGACUUUCAGUGGCCAGGGUCCUAAAAGAGGGCUGCGCAGACCCCUUCCACUGCGUUUCCACUGGCCAGGGUCCUGAAAGAGGGCUGCGCAGACCCCUUCCACUGCGUUUCCACUGGCCAGGGUCCUGAAAGAGGGCUGCGCAGACCCCUUCCACUGCGUUUCCACUGGCCAGGGUCAUGAAAGAGGGCUGCGCAGACCCCUUCCACUGGCCAGGGCUUAGAAGUGUUCUUAUUGAGCACACAAUAGAAGCCUGUCCUAUAAAAACACGAUGGAGAGGGCCCAGUUAUCAAAGGACUGCAAAGUGAAUUACUUUGUGUCAAAAUGUGGGGGGAUUUCAUCUUGGAUUAUAUUUCUAUUUUUAAAAGUAACAGAUAAAAGCUUACGAUAACUGUGCAUGUAUUUAAUGGUAAAGCAAACAAAACUACCGCUAAUCUUUACCCCAGUUGUUUAUUUUUUUUCCUUACUUUUCAAAAGCAUUUAGACUAAAGGAAACUUCAAUGGCAGACGUUUCCACUAGCUUUUUUCUUAAGAUAGUUACUCUAAAAUGCAAGUCAAGGGUCAGUUGCUGCUUUAGAAAUGCUAAAAGAAACCUAAUAAAUGUCAAAGAAGUCUUUCUCAUCUUAGUUUAUAACAUUUAUUUUACUGCAGAUUGUAUCGCUUGCAUUUUGGCAUAGUUAGUGGCUGGUGAUGGUUUGGAAAUCGCAGUGCUCUUUUAAACACUGUUUGUAGAACGAGGUCUCGGACAGUGGAAAUUCACACGCUGUACAUACAGCCCACUCAUGCUUUGACGCAAGAGUCUGGUAGAAAUGUGACCUGGGUAAAGAUGCAGUUCCGCUGCGGAACCACUGGACGGCGCCCUUGUUCUGUGGAUAUGAUUCUGAACUCUUGCUGAAACAUGUUCUGCUCCAGUGGUGUGUUUGUGAUCCUGGUAUUUCUGGAGUGUAGCAAUCAGGACGCUGCUCAGUAUGAAGCCUGCGAGUCAUUUCGCUAAAAGCCCAGGGAUUUCUUUUUUGCUAAGUUUUGCCAAGUCCCUGUCUACACUGUAGGGGGUGUGAAUAGUUAAUUUUAGAGUUUAAACGUUAUCCAAAUAUUUUUGAAUUUUUGUCUAAGCAUUGUCAGCUGGGAUGUAUUUUUUCAAUGUAAAAAAAUGUUUAUUUCACAGCACACCACGGUCUAAAAAUAAAUAUUUAAAUACUUUCCUGAAAAACAGCUAAAUUGCUGAAUAUUUGAUUUAUUAUGGCCACCUUUUUAAAGACAUUCUAUUUUCACCAUCAGUGAAUUAUCAAACUAAAAACAAAAGCAUAUUGACACUGUUCUUUCAGAAAUGGGAAUUUUCACUGGGGAACUCCAUAUUACAUGGUAAAGGGUACAUUUAACGGAACUCUGAUAACCGUGAAAAACAAUGCAGCCUCAACUAUGAGUGAUGUGCAUGUGAAAUACAGCAGGAACGAUGCAGAGUGUGGUUAUUUAGUUACCAGUAAAUGCCAGCAUUUCUUUAUAGUCGGUUCCAUGUAUACCUUGGUGUUGUACACUUGUACACAUUAAUAUUGUAGUCCUGUAUUUAAAACUCUCCUCCAGCUUCUUGUUGGAGGUUAUCUUGAGUGGUUACCAGCAUUCCCAAUAAGUUAAGUGUUUUAAAUGUGUUUAAUCUUUUCAGGGAUGGAAAUCAGACUCCCGUUGCAUAGCAGUUUGAUCCAUUUCUUAUUUUACUGUAAGUUUAAUAAUAAGACACACCUGAGCGUGUUACCUAUACACUGUGGCUAAUCAAGUUUGUAGUAAAACCUGGAAUGGGUGAAACUGCUGUGCAUUAGGAGUCUUAUUUCCAUCCCUGUGUUUAGUUUUAGAAUUUUUGUUCCUGAAGGUGACUAAGAAAUGUUCCAUUUUUGUUUUUGUCUUGGUUCACUGCAAGAAGUUAAAUGUGGCUUGUGUCUUGGAAUGUAACAAUGGCAUGUAUGUAUUUGUAUGCCUAAGCUAUUUAAUGUUGUAAGCUUUUUUAACUUGUACUUUCCUAAUAAAAUAAUGUUUUGCUCA